AUGCUUGAAAUGUAAGCUGGGAAUUUCUGACUUCUUCUUCUUCUUCACGGCCCUUGAAAGCUACGAAGCAUUCCAAGAAUAUGUCGGAGAAAUUGGCACCAGAGAAGCGCCACAGCUUCUUCCACGGCAGCCAGAAGGUGUUUGAAUGGGACCAGACCCUAGAGGAGGUGAACGUCUACAUCACUCUCCCUCCCAAUGUCCCCACAAAGCUUUUCUACUGCAAAAUCCAAUCCAAACAUGUGGAAGUUGGCAUCAAAGGCAACCCUCCUUAUCUUAAUCAUGAUCUCAGUUGCCCUGUUAAGACUGAUUCUUCCUUCUGGACUUUAGAGGAUGAUACAAUGCACAUAACCCUGCAGAAGAGGGAAAAGGGUCAUACAUGGUCUUCACCUAUAGUGGGUGAGGGUCAGCUUGACCCAUAUUCAACUGAUCUCGAACAGAAGCGCCUUAUGCUUCAAAGGUUUCAAGAGGAGAACCCCGGAUUUGACUUCUCGCAGGCUCAGUUUUCAGGGAACUGCCCAGACCCAAGGACAUUCAUGGGAGGGAUCAGAUCUGAUUGACAUACUACCUAUCCUACAACUAGCUGAACUUAUUAUUCCGUUGUGUGUCUUUGUAAAAUAUUAGCACCAUGCAAUAUUAGUAGCAACAUGUUUAUUGUAAUUGACAAUGAUCCUUGCACUGGAUUCAGGUUUGAUCUAAUGCCAAUGAUGUUUGUGCUUUUAUUCUUUA